AUGGCCGCCCCCCUCGUCCCGCCCCACGCCUUGCUCCCCCCCUUCUUUCUCCCCGGGGCGCAGAGCCAGAGCGUUCGAUUCAGCGUGGACGAGGAGGCGCCUCCGGGCACGGUCCUCGGCGUCUUGGCCCAGGAACUGCAAGGGCCUGCUCCUGCCGUCGAGGCCGCUCCCGGCACCUUCCGGCUGGUGAAGGCGCCGGGCAACGGCUCGCUGGUGCGAGUGCGCGAGCGGGACGGGCAGCUGAGCCUGGGCGCCGAGCGGCUGGACCGCGAGCAGCUGUGCGGCCAGGCGGAGGCGCCCUGCCUGCUGGCCUUCGACGUGCUCAGCCUGGGCGGCCCGUCCUCGCCGCCCUUCCGCCUGGUCCACGUGGAGCUGGAGGUGCGGGACAUCAACGACCACGCGCCGCGCUUCCCGCAGCCCCUCCUGGCGCUGGAGGUGUCGGAGAGCGCGGCGCCCGGCACCCGCCUGCCGCUGGCCCUGGCGCACGACCCGGACGUGGGCUCCAACGGCCUGCAGAGCUUCGCCCUCUCGCCAGGCAGCCCCUUCGGCCUGGAGGCGCAGAGCCGCGCCGACGGGCUCAAGUGCGCCGAGCUGGUGCUGCUCCGCCCGCUGGACCGCGAGGCGCAGGCCGCCUACCGCCUCGAGCUGGUGGCCAAGGACGGCGGCAGCCCGGCGCGCUCGGGCACGGCCACGCUCAGCGUGCGCGUGCUGGACGCCAACGACAACGCGCCCGCCUUCCCCCGCGGCGCGCUCCUGACCCUCGAGCUGCCCGAGGACGCGCCGCCGGGCGCGCUGCUGCUCGACCUGGACGCCUCCGACCCGGACGAGGGCGCCAACGGGCAGCUGCUGUACGCCUGGGGCAGCCAGGUGCCCCCCGAGGCGCGCCAGCUCUUCAGCCCCGACCCGCUCUCCGGCCGCCCCGGCCUGCGCGCCGCCGUCGACUACGAGCUCCAGCGCACCUACGAGCUGGACGUGCAGGUCAGCGACCGAGGCGCCAGCCCGCUGGCGGCCAGCUGCAAGGUGGUGGUGCGCCUGCUGGACGUCAACGACAACGCGCCCUCCGUGGCCAUCAGCGCCCUCAGCGCCGGGGGCGCGGACGCUCGCGGCGGCGCGGGCCCCGACGACGAGGAGGCCUCGCCGGUGGCCCACGUGAGCGAGGCGGCGCCGGCCCAGAGCCUGGUGGCGCUGGUCAGCACCUCGGACAGCGACUCGGGCGCCAACGGCCAGGUGCGCUGCGCCCUCCUGGCCGCGCCCCACCAGCCCUUCGCCCUGCAGCGCGCCUACGACGCCGCCAGCUACCUGGUCCUCACCACCGGCGCGCUGGACCGGGAGCGCGUGGCCGAGUACAACCUCACGCUGGUGGCCGAGGACCUGGGCUCUCCCCCGGCCAAGACCGUGCGCUCGCUCACGGUGCGCGUGGCUGACGAGAAUGACAAUGCCCCGUGGUUUGCCAAGGCGCGCUACGAGGUGGCCCUGCUGGAGAACAACCCCCCGGGGGCCUACCUGACCACGGUGCUGGCUUCUGACCCUGACCUGGGCCCCAAUGGCAAGGUCACCUACCGCCUGCUGGACAGUCAAGUCAUGGGUGCCUCUAUCUCGACCUAUGUUUCAGUGGAUCCAGCCACAGGAGCCAUCUAUGCUCUCCGAACUUUCAACUAUGAGAUCCUGAAGCAGGUGGAGUUGUCCAUCCAAGCCAUGGAUGGGGGAUCUCCUCCACUUUCCAGUAUAGCCUUGGUCAAGGUACGGGUGGUGGACCAAAAUGACAACGCCCCUGUCAUAACAUCUCCUGUGCUCACCAAUGGGUCCCUUGAAAUUGGUGUGUCCAGCAGAGCUUCCCGAGACUCCCUUGUUGUGCACAUCAAAGCCAGAGAUGCAGAUGAGGGCAUCAAUGCAGAGCUGAGCUUUACUUUCUCAGAAGAUCCCCAGCAGCAGGAAGGAACCCUAGACCUUUUUGCCAUCAACCAGAAAACAGGGGAGGUUAUGCUCACAAGGACCUUAUCUGAAGAACAGCUGGGCCAAGUCUAUCCAUUGCUUCUCACCGUGGCUGACAAUGGGAUGCCACCUCUCUCCACCACAGUCAUGGUCAAUUUCCUGGUGACUGCAUCACUGCCUCCCUCUAGUGGCCAGGAUUCGGUGGCCAAGCCAAGCUCUUGGGAAGACCAGACCUUGCAGUGGGAUGUCCCCUUAAUUGUAAUCAUUGUUCUGGCUGGGAGCUGCACUUUGCUCCUGGUAGCCAUCAUCACCAUUGCCACCACUUGCAAUAAGCGCAAGAAGGAGAAGAAGGGGGCUUUGGAGGAACCCCUUGAUACUUCUCAUCUGGAGAAGGGGCAUCAGGAUGGAAGCACCAGUGAUGGCGGCCUCAGUUCCUCCAGCCCCCACUUUGAAGUGCAUUCCUUCCCCAGCAAAUCUUCUUUCGCUAGUCCCGAGCCCUCUCCGGCCAGUGAGGAUAUCUCAACUUCUGAGCACAGCCGAGAAAGCACCGGUCUCUAUGACAGCCAGAGCCGACUCCGAGGAGCAAACACAGAGUCUUACACUUCCACCCCUAGUUACAGCAAAGAGCCAGUGGCCCCGGUGGCCAUUUGGAAGGGCCAUUCUUUCAAUACUUUAUCGGGCAGAGAAGGAGAAAAAUUCAGUGGUAAAGACAGUGGCAAAGGUGACAGUGAUUUUAACGACAGCGAUUCUGACAUCAGCGGAGAUGCUCUCAAGAAAGACCUCAUCACUCACAUGCAGAAUGGGCUGUGGGCUUGUACCGCUGAAUGCAAACUCCUGGGACAUUCAGACCGAUGUUGGAGUCCCUCCUGCGCCCAACCCAAUCCUCACACGUCUCCCCACCCCAAAACUCAGCUCUCCACCUUCUGCAGAACGACGUCCUUGCCCCGAGACUCGCUCCAUCGUGAUCACUUCUACCAUGCCCAGCUGCCAAAGACGGUUGGGCUACAGAGUGUCUACGAGAAGGUUUUGCACCGGGAUUAUGACAGGACAGUUGCCCUGCGGUCUCCUCCUCAUCCAGGAAGAUUGCCUGACCUCCAGGAGAUAUCAGUCCCUUUAUAUGAGUCUCCCUCUACUCAUUAUUUAGGCUCUCCCCCUGAGACCAGCAAGAAGGUUUAA